AUGUAUGCAAUCCUCGGAGCGGCUGGCAAAGUCGGCUUCGCAACAUCAUCAGCAUUGCGCAAGGCUGGUGUGCCUGUUAGAGCGAUUCUUCGCGAUGUGUCAAAGGCGGCGCCACUGCGUGAACUCGGCUGCGAGAUUGCUGUGGCCGACCUGCAGGAUUCUCUAGCCCUCGCAAAGGCAAUCGGCGAUGCAGACAUCGUCCAAAUCAUCCUUCCCCCAUCUCCACAAGCCGAGGACACAGCCGAGGAAAUGCGAAGAGCGAUCGAGAGUCUGGCUGCCGCGCUCGAAGAGGCCCGCCCAAAGCGCGUGCUGGCGAUUUCUGACUACGGGGCUCACAUCGUUCAUGAUAUCGGGAUGCCUACCAUGUGCCGUAACUUCGAGGAGCGACUUCGCCAACUUGACUGUCAGAAGGUAUUUCUGCGGUCGGCUGAGCAUAUGCAAGGAUGGGGACACGCUAUUCCAGCGGCGAUAGAGUCUGGCACUCUAUUGAGCUUUCACGACCCGGUCGAUAUGCUGUUUCCCACGAUCUCAGCACCUGAUCUAGGCUUGAUAGCCGCUGAUAUCUUGUUGCAACCCCCUAGCGACAAGGACGUGGAGGUUGUGCAUGCUGAGGGCCCAUGCCGGUACAGCGCCAAAGAUGUGGCGAUGGCAUUGGGCAAGCUGUUGGGUCGGACAUUUAAGGUGGAGGCUGUGCCUCGUUCACAAUGGAAGGACGCUUUUGAGAGAGUCAUGAGUGUGACUCUUGCUGAACUCUCGAUCAAGGCCAAUGAUGCCCAAAAUGAGGGUGGCCUUGUCGACGUCGAGCCUAAUUCUGACACCGUUCGGUAUGGCACUACAGAGUUGAUCGACGCACUCCGGCCAUUGCUUGCAUCUCAGUAG